AUUAGAUCAGUCAUCAGUUAUAAUAGAAAUUAUUUAGCCCUAAUAAGAAUUAUUUCUUCUGACACAUAUUCCUACUUGAUAUAUACAGUGUUGUCAAUAAUCAAACUAACAAGCCGUAUACAGCUUGUGUACACACUAUAUCGUUACGAAACAUUAGUUCCGACUUCGUCGUUUAUGUCAAGCCGUUAUAUCUGACGAUAUCUAAAAAAAUUUUCGCUCCUCGUUGUCAUCGAUAAAUCCAUAAAUUAUGAAGUACAAUCACCAUGCGCAAAAAAAUAAAUCUGGGACAAGUGUGCACGUUCCUCCGAGUCAAUUCUUGCCCGUUCAAAACCUUAUCAAUCUAGAUAUUGAAAAUGACGCAAAGAAAUCUUUAAUUAACCAAGUCAGGAGCCAAGAAACCAGGAGCCAAGAAGCCAGGAUCCACGAAGCCAGGAAUCAAGAACCAAGAUCUCAAGAAACAAUAACAAGAACGAGCCCGGAUAAUGAAUUAAGUUUUUUCGACGAGUUCAUCAAUUGGUGGAGAGAAGUCGGUGCCGACAGGAUACGGACGUUUGUGUACCACGUCGGCUUAAUCACGAUAGGGAUGACUCUCAUGGGCAUUAUGAUGGUAACAGUGUUUUACAUACAUCAAAAAAUGUAUGUUCAGAUGACGAAGCAUUGAUCGUAAUGUAGUCUGUAUUAUUAUAAAAAUCCAGACUAUCAAAUCUAGAUUGAUCUAUAUUGUUAAAAAAUCUAAAUAACUCAUUAUAAAUUAAUCUAGAUUGUUCAUAAUUUGGAUCAACGUUUUAUUACAUACUUUUGUAUUUCGAUGCUUUAUUAUUAAAAAAAAUCACUGUUUUCAACGUGUAA